AUGUCGGGCAGCCCAGGGCCGUGUUCUCUCCUCUCUCUCCUCGCCCCUCUCCCUCCAGCGUGUUCAGUAACGUACUUCCCUCGGGGUAGGGUCUGCGCGGUGUCGCCUCAGGUUGUUCACCUCACCUGGGAAGGCGAAGGAUGUGGACUUUGCAUCUAUCCUAAUCCCUUUUUUCAAUAUGAUGGGGACUGGAAAUGGCAGAAAGAACAUGCUGGAAUCCUGGAGUCACAAUGUGAAAAUGUGGAUGAUUUGUGUCCAGCAGAAUUUUUGCGUUGCAGCAACUUCAGCACAGCAAAUCGCCUGUGUCCAGUAUGCGUGACAAUUGAAACAGAUACAUAUCUGAAAGGUUUUGGUGUUUUACUUUCAUUAGUACCUCUGCUUCCCGCCCCCCACCUGCCUUAUGGGCUGGAAAGAAAUAACAAAGCAGAUUUUGGGACAAAGUUCACCUCCUUUGAAGCAAUAAAACCUCAAUUUCGGAAAAUGAACAUGGGAGUGGGUAAAAAGCAUGGUUUGGAUACCAUGUGCAGUAAGAAGGGCUCUCAUCAUUUCUACCAAAACACCCUGUCAAGCCUCUGCUCUGCCUAUACUCAUAGAAACCAAUAUCAUGACAACGGAUGUGCAAGUGAAGGACUUCUAUAUGAAUUUUAUACAGAGGCACAAGAUCUUUUUAUAGGGGAAGCAUAUGGAGCAGAGUUUAGACUUAAAAGCCCACUGAUUCUACUUGGAAGCAAAAAUGGACAGCGAAGGUUCUUAGUUAAAAACACAAUUCUCAAAACAAGACAACUACCAGAAUUUAUUCAUUCUGGAGGAUUAAAAACAUCAUAUGCACAGAAGAAAUUAUGCCAGUGAAUCAAUCAGUGUGUGCGCCCAGGAACACAAGAAAAAAAUUGUGUGACAUGCUGCAGGUAAGUGGGCCACUUUUCCUGUAGAAACAAAACAAAACCAAAUACAGACAGACAUGCUGCAGUUUUUUUUUUUGUUGAGUCAUAAGGGGAGAGACACAAUCAGAGGACAGGAAAAAAAAUCAAAAUUUAAAAAUUAAGGCUUCAAAAAAGCCAAUAGUGGGAGGGGAAAAAAAAAUCCAGAUUUUGUUCUAUGUGUAAUUUCUUAACAUAGCAAUAAAGCACAGCAUAUAUCAGAUCUUUGAAAUACAAAAGAUCAGCUAUAGUUAAAAUUAUUUAGUUUCCCUUGAAGAAAUAACUGAAUAAUACAGAUCUGGAAAUCAUAAGGCUGAGAACACUUUUAUGCAUACUGCAUAACAAAAUAAACCCUUUACAUAAGACAGUAAUAAUGCCCCUUAGUGAAUAUAUAAGUAUGGCAGAGAUUUUUUUAAUUCCAUGCAUAUGAUUUAAUAAUUGCAGAAAAAACAUACAAAAAGACACCAAAAAAAAAUCCACAUAAAAAAAACUGCAUAAGCAUAAUCAAUAUUCCUUUUGCAUUGCACUUUAGACGAGGAGAGCUGCACCUAGACUCAGUCUCCAGCAUCCCAAACACACAAGGGCAAAGCCCUAUAUAAACGGACAGUUUCAUGUAAUUUAAUGUGAUAUAACUGUUUUUUGCUCCCCAGAGUUCUACAUUGUCCCAGUAAUUCAACUCCUUUCAUAUUUCUUCUUUUUGUACCUAAAACAUAUAUAUGAACUUUACUUCUUGUUAAUGCUCACAGUUACAAUGGUUAUUAUAAUGGUUUCAAGCAAACAGCUCUUGUUGAAAAAAGUCUCUCUCGCAUACUGUAAGUAAAUACUAUAAUUUUAGGAUUGGCAGCCAUUUUCCAUCUACUGGGAUUAAUGUCCGAAAGCAAAUAAAGACUACUGGAAAUAUGGUUCUUUGUUUUCAGUAACUUCUGUGUAUGAUGAUGCAGAGGGUUUUCUUUUUCUCCUUUCUUUUUUUUUUUGAGAUAAAAAAGCAUCAGCAUUUCCUAUAUAUAACAUGCUGAGAGGAAAAAUGAGCUGGAAGGCACAUCUGCAGCCCCAGGUCAAAUUUUCACCUUAUGCUCAUAAGCUUGAGUGUAUAAGAGGUGAGUGUUUGUGGGUGGAAAAAAAAAUAAAUCCUUUUCUCUUGUUCAGUAAAGCACCAACUGUAUUUGAUAAGCACUUCUGGGAGCGCACUUGCUAGUGCCUCCCAUAUUCUGAUAGAGACACCACGCAAAAAACAGGUUUAAAACAGAACCAGUAGUGCACUGCUCUGGAUAAUUCUCAUUUGGUAGCAUUCUAUACCUGCUGAAUACUCACUUUGCAUAAAUUUAAAUGGUGACACAAGGUAUCACAUGAUGGAAAACUGGGUCGAUGAUUUUUCACAUCAAUUAGGCAGGGUAGAAUCUAGAAUGCUCAUCUUGUAAACGUUAAAACUAUGGAAUAAAAUGCAAAGAAAGUUUCUGACAAAGUGCAGUUCUUUUUUAAAAAAAAUAAUAUUAA